AAAAGAGGCGGGUUCUUUUGUCAGCGGCGCUUCCGCCUCCUUUCUUUCCCUGCUUCCUCCCUCCGCAAAGAGCGCCGCUUUUCAUGGAAUCAGUCACGUAAGACAAAGGGGAGAUAGUGCGUUAGUAUCACUCGAAACGGGCCGUCUCUCGUGACGUCGUAUGUGUUAGGGAAGGCGGAACGUGUUUGCGCCGGAACCACUGGGCACCUGGAGGAAACUACCGGCCGGCUACUGUUGUGAUGAAGCGAAAAAGUAACGCUCUUAGGCCUUGACCUCGACCGGAAGGCAAAGCAGGGAUGGUCAGAGGUCAGGCCGCAGCCGUCGUGGUGGCAGAGAGUGGGAGGAAGUUUUUUUUCAUUCAGCGGGAGCCGGACGCCGCCGCCCUGCUCAAGGAUGCCUCACGUUAUGGCGUCCUGUGCUCCCCAGUCUCCCGCCGUUGCCUAGGAGACUGGAAGCGAACCGGCUUCUUCGCACAGGGAGUUGGCGGCGCGUGCGGAUGUAGCAGCUCGAGGCCAACGGCUCGCGGCUCCUUCUCAUGCAGCGAGAGCGCCUGUUCGGUUGGGACGGGGACCCGUUUCCUCAGUCUGAAUGUGGGUCGUUGCCUGGCCUCUGGAGCGCGAGAUGUGACUUUUAAUGCAUCACAUCCACAACUCGAAAACAGCAAGGGUAGUUUUUCCCCAUCAGGAAGCAGAAAGCUUUAUUUUGAUACCCAUGCAUUUGUGUGCCUUCUGGAGAAUAAUGGAUUUACUACUCAGCAAUCUGAGAUCAUUGUGUCUGCCUUAAUGAACAUCAUAAGUAGUAACAUGAAUGUGAUGUACAAGGACAUGGUCACAAAAGUACAACAGGAGAUUGUUCUUCAGCAGAUUAUGUCUCAUAUUGGUGUUGUGAAAAAAGACAUGAUUAUUUUGGAAAAGAGUGAAUUUUCAGCACUUCGAGCAGAAAAUGAGAAAAUAAAACUUGAACUUCAUCAGCUGAGAAAGCAAGUAAUGGAUGAAGUUUCCAAAGUUCGUACAGACAGCAAACUAGAUUUCAACCUAGAAAAGAGCAGAACAAAAGAAUUGUAUUCGCUUAAUGAGAGAAAGCUGUUAAAAAUGAGGACAGAAAUAGUGGAAUUGCAUGCACAACAAGAUCGAGCUUUAACACAGACAGACAGGAAAAUAGACACCGAAGUUGCAGGUCUUAAAACAAUGCUUGAAUCGCACAAACUUGACAACAUUAAAUAUUUAGCAGGUUCAGUAUUUACAUGCCUUACAGUAGCACUGGGAUUUUACCGUUUAUGGAUAUAACAAAGCAUCUGUUUUAAAAGGACUUGUACUGUCUUGCCUUACCCCAAAAAAAGAUGCAUUGUCACCUAGCUGAAAUAAUGUAGUCUUUACUUCAGAGUCACUACCUUUUUAUUUAUUUGUUAAGACUAAAGAAUGUGCCUGAAAAGUAAUGCAAGUAUUGAAAUAUUGAUAGAAAUUUAGCCUAGAUCACAGGCAACCAUAUUUUGCACAUCACUGCCCACCCAUUUAAAUUUUUGUCUGUGUCUGGGCUAUUGGAAUACUAAAAUGUCAGGUUAUAAACAUAACAAGCAUGAAAAGUUAUAGAAGAAUGCACUAGUAUUUUAUAUGUCAAGUACUAAGUAAGAAGGGAGGAAAAAGAAAUAAGCACCCUUUUUGACCCCAUUCCUUCAGAGCUGAAAAAUUGAGUUAAAUUGCAGCUUAUAUUUCCUCUAUGUUGAUAAAACACACUGCAAAUAUUUGUUGUUACUGUACUGUAACAGAUUGGUUCAUUGUGGUCUGCUGUUGUAAAAUUCUAUCCAAAUAAUAAUGUUUUAUGAGCAGAUGUAGACAUUUCAUGUUUAUAAACAAAUGCCAAAUGAACAAUCAACUAGGAAUUAUAUGCUUGCUGUUACCUUGAUUUACAAUUGAAGAAAACAAAGCUCAGUGAGAUGUAUUAGGUUUUUCUAUAGAAAUUGAAAAUGUCUUGGUUGAUAGAGAGUGGCCUCUGUUAAAGAACUGAGGAAAAAUAAGGUAGAGUUCUUGGACAGAGAAUAAAAGGCUGACAGGGCACUUCUAUACAUACUUAACCAAAACUGUUUAGAAGCCAUUUUGGUAAGUAGGUGGUAUAUAAAUUAAUAAAUAAAAGUAAGUUCUGUUGAGAUCAAUGGUGUGCACUCCCAGCAAAGGGUAUAGGUUUGCAACCAAAGCUAGGUGUUUUUCACUCGCCUUCAUGCUAUAAACAAAGUUAAAACGGAAUGCAAGCUCAAAUGUGACUCAGUAGUAGGAAAAUUCACUAGAAUGUCAGUCUUGUUUUAUGGGGUGUGUUGAACUGUUUGGAAAUAUUAAUAAUGAGUACUUUCUAAUACUGCUGAUUAUUGAGGAAUAUCAUUAUGUAGACUUAUUGCUGAUGAAUUUCACUUUUUUUAGAUCAAGCCAUCCUAAAUAAAAAAAAUUGACAGUAGGAUUGGAAAUUGCAACUAGAACAUACUACUUUUUAGGACACAGUCUCCAAAUACCUACUGUACCUGCAAAUAAGUUCUAUUGUGAUUGGGAGGACUAACUUGCAUAUAAUUCCUCUGUCCCAGAGAGCCUUGUGUACGGACUGUCUACUCAUUUAAAUGUAUAGUAUAGAUAGAUCCUGUGCAGAAAGAAGUGCACACACAUUUGCUGCUUCCAUUACAAUGGGCCCAUAAGGAGUUGAUUCCUGCGGAAAGUGCUUAGUAUACUACUUCAGCCAUUCUGCUGUUGUGCUUCCCAAUACUUAUCAGUCAUUCCCCAUGCUUGACUUAACAUUUUCUCCUUUUUGCAUUUUGAGUAUCAAGGAUUACCAAGACAAUUACUAACAUCCCUGUUUCAAGGACUGAAAUUUUAGCACAGUCUUCAGAAAGAUUUCAAGUGACAUACUUGGUUUACUUUACUACAUGCCCCCUCUUUAGCUAUUCUGCACUGACUUCCUUGGUUGCUAUUACUAGUACUGUUUUAAUUAACAUUUACAGAGCAGUGAGAAGUAAAGUAGAUGAGCCGAAUUUGCUGAAUAAUAUGAGUGAAUGUUCAACAUGCCAAAAAAGCAAGCACUGAAGAUCUUUACUUUUUUGUUGUUCCCAAUAUGCUGCGUGCACAACUGAUUUUUGAAGAAUUAUGUAACUGCAGCUUAAUCCAAAGCCUCUAUAUGUAAGGUGUCAGAAUUUAUUUGAAGUGCUUGUAUAAUACAUUUGUCUAUCUAAACCAGUGACAAAUAAUAUUUUGGACCAAGAUACUUAAAAGCUGAAGCGGGUGUAGUUUAGUUCUAGUUAAUAUAAAUCCUACAUAUUUAACUUUAGAUUGCCAUUUUAAAUGUACUGCAGUAACUAUGAUCCUAUAUAAGGCCAUUUAGAAUUAUGGCCCAUUGAUUUCAGUAGAAUGCACUUUUGAGAAAGGUGCUCAGGAUCACACCCUGAUGUCCAGGAUCACACCCUGAUGUCCCAUUGAUGUUUGGGAGUUCAGUGGGACUUGGUUCCCAGUAAAGUGCUUAAUGCUGGGCUCUACAUUAUUACCACUGGGUUUUUUCACCCCUAGGAUUUAAAUUUGAAAAAGUGUGUUCAGGAUUGAGAUCAUAUACAGAAUUAGAUCUGAAAUAAUCUGUAUAGUAUCUUUUUGGAAAUGAAUGCAGCUAGGAACUUUUGCAGUGGAUUUAUCUCUGAAGUUACCCACUUGAAUAUAGUGUACUUCCCUGUUUAUUAGUAGCGCUGCAACUAUUUCUGUGGUCUCAAAGCAUUGCAGACCACUUUUCCAUCCCCCUUAUACUGAUAUAUGUUGUAAUAUCUAUACUUGCAUAGGGUAUCUCCACAAUCCCCCAAAUUUGUCUGGCUUUUAAAACAGCAGGUGCAUUUGUUUUCAUUUUAUUUUUAUAUUAAUGAGUUCAGAUUCCUAGUUAGAGAUGAGACAAUAUUGGCACCCUUAAAUACUUCUGAAAAGAAAGAUUUUCAGCAGUUUGAAUUACAGUAGAAACUCUAGUAGAGGGGUGGGGGAGGAUAAUGUUUUAUCUAUGGACUGUCAUGUACGUGUGUGUACACUAGAUUACUACAUCAGGUUUAUUUUCUUGGAAACGUAAGUUGUGAUCUUAAGUAAGUCUUACGGUUCUGAGACAUAAAUGGUAGAUGAAGGAUCACACCUUAAUUGCUUCAGUGGCAUUUUUAAUGAGAUCCUCUGUGCGUCUCCUCCCGUUUUUUUAUAUACUUGGCCUUCUAUGCUGAUGCUAAAGCACUAUCAUCCCUCACUUCCCAAAGUCUAUCCUGUAUUCUCUGUAUUCUAAUCAACAGUGGCUGUAUUCUCAGUUUCAAGUUUGGGCAACAGAUUUUUAAUGGUUAAACCAAAGUGUUUUGAGGAUUAUACUACAUAUGUAGGUUGGAGACUUUGAUCCACUUAAUACCAGAAUAUUUCUAUUUGAAUUAAAUUCUUACUCAUGAAUAAAGUA